AGAGCGGCUGAUAUUUCCAACACUGGUGCGUAUUACAGAACAGAUUGCACUAACAGCACCGAGUGCUUCCACUGGUCGAAUACCACGAAAGGAAAACACGUCCACGUACGUUCUGAAAAGUCGAGGCGAGAAUUUGGCAAACGUUUGUGUUUGGUAUCUAGGGCUUCCCUUGGACACAGCACAUCGAAUUCAUAGUGAGGGCCACGAGAUACAGGAAAGAGCCGCGCAGUUCAGCGCCGAGCAACGUCGACAAUUUUUUGUGUCCCAAGUUAGAAAUUCCAAUCCGAACUGUUCGCCAUGGCCAAUCCAGCAGCAGGACCCUCCAAGCAGGAGAUCGAGUCGGUCUUCAGUCGGCUGCGCGCCCAGCCAGCCAACAAAUCCUGCUUUGAUUGCGCGGCCAAGGCUCCCACCUGGUCCUCCGUCACCUACGGAAUCUUCAUUUGCAUAGAUUGUUCAGCUGUGCACCGCAACUUGGGCGUGCACCUGACCUUCGUGCGCAGCACCAACUUGGACACCAAUUGGACCUGGCUACAGCUCCGCCAAAUGCAGCUGGGCGGCAACGCGAACGCGGCCCAAUUCUUCCGAGCCCAUAACUGCAGCAGUACCGAUUCCCAGGUCAAGUACAACUCGCGGGCGGCCCAGCUCUACCGGGAUAAGUUGAGCGCCCAGGCUCAGCAGGCCAUGAAGGUGCAUGGAACGAAGCUGCACCUGGAGCAGACGGAUAAAAGCGAGGGCAACGAGGUCGCCAAGGAAGAAGAUUUCUUCGCACAGUGCGACAACGAGUCGGACUUUAACGUGCAAAACAACAAUGUCAGCAAGCAGGAUCUAAAGCCAGCGACCGCUGCUCCCGUCAUUAGUUUAGAAACGCAACUGGGAGGCGCCCCCAGCGUGGAUCUGCUCAAUUCAGUGGUGCCGGCAGCAGUACCUUCUUCCAUAGGUGUGCGCAAGGUGCAGCCUAAGAAGGGUGGAUUGGGUGCCCGAAAGGUGGGUGGCCUGGGAGCUACGAAGGUGAAGGCAAAUUUCGCAGACAUCGAGGCUCGGGCGAACGCGGCAAAUGAGAUGAAAGCUUCAGUUGCUACUGCCCCUCUGGACAAGCCGCAGUCGGCGGAGGAGGAAUUAGAGACGGUGGCCAGCAUGCGAUUAGCGUACCAGGAGCUUUCAAUGCAGAAGACUCGUGAAGAGGCCAAGCUCAAGACUAUGGACCCUGCCAAGGCCAAACAGAUGGAACGUCUAGGUAUGGGCUUUGGUUUGCGUGGAUCUGACAUGGCCCACUCUGCCCUCGGCGAUAUGGAAACAAUUCAGCAAUCGGCCGCCCCUAAGACAAAACUUUCUUCUUUGGAGAGCGAUAACUUUUUCACCGACUAUUCCCUAUAUGGCAACAGCGGCAGCGGAGGUGUAGGCUCUAGCGAAAAACGGGAAAGCUCAGUCGGCGGCUCCAGUAAACUGGACAAGUUUGAACUUGAUGCUUUGGGCUACGAGACCAUAGAGCCAAUUGCUGGCUCCCACAGCAAUAUCUCGUCCAUGUUUUCCGGGAACAAUGACCAUGACAAGCCCAAAACGUCGGCGCCCGCCAAGAACAGUAGCGGAUUGGCCGUUUCGUCCUCUUCCAGUCACAACAAAGGGGGAGCUAGCAAUGACCCUGUGAUCGCCCAGCAGAAAUUCGGGAACUCAAAGGGCUUUGGCUCAGACCAGUACUUCGCCAGCGAACAGUCCUCGGCUGAUAUUAGCGCGAGUUUGAAUCGGUUCCAGGGAUCGCGAGCCAUAUCUUCGUCAGACUACUUUGGCGAUGGAACACCUGGUGGCAGUUCCGGCAAUAGGUCUUCGUCGGUCAACUUUAGUGCCCCCGAUUUGGAUGUGGAGAGCGUGAAAGAGAGCGUUCGUCAGGGAGUACACAAAGUGGCUGGUCGUCUCAGCAAUUUGGCCAACGACGUGAUGACCUCCUGGCAAGACAAAUACGGUUACUGAUAUCAGCAAAAGAACAUUAGUGACCCGCGCAUGAGACCCGGCAGCCGGAGCAGUAGCCGUGGUGGCGGAGGAGAGUCUAAUUUUAACGUUUUUAUAUAUUAGUCACACAGCAACCGAUUCGCGAUUAUGCAGAAAGUUAUAAAGGAUUCCAAGCAGAUAGCCCUUAGUCUAGUAUCACGGGAGCAAUCAUUCGCAUCGUAUGCCUCGUAUCGUUCUUGUAAAAAUUAGGAGAAGCCGAAGAAUCAGAAAGUAAAUCAAUGCAGUAAAACCAGCUGUACAAUACGCGUAGUGUCUUUUAAAUAUACUAUAUAUAUGCUGCAAUUUGUAUUCCGAUAAGCUUAUUUUGGAUUUGUUUCUCGAUUAUCAUGAAAUGAAGUAAAGGAGUGUAAAAUGAAUAAAUUAGAACUGCAUAGCAAACAUUCGAAGUUGAGGAGACAUUCCGGAACCAUGACUUUAAUUGCGAAAUCCAAACAAUUUCCAUUUGGUUGAAUUGAAUUAUAAUUUCAUAACCCCGGCAUUUAACUGAAAUGAAAAAGUUAUUUAUGUAAUAUAUACGAGUACAUAUAUAAACCGUUUUAUUCACUGAA